GAUGAACUAGCGAAUACCUUCCUAACAUGUUAUUAUUCCGACAUUGAAUGAUCAACAACACAUGUUGAUGUUCGACAAAAUUGCUAAAAAAAGGCUGAGCAUGAGCCCACUCCGGGACAUCUAUCAGGACAUUCAGCCUGUGACCUUGCGGCUGUCGGAGGAGAGCGCCACCUCCAGUCUAUAUUGCAGCACUGCAGAGGGAAUGGAGGCCCGGGUGUCCACCUUGGUGGAAGCUUUUCUGGUGGAGGUCUAUCGCUGUAGGGUGUGCCAGUUCACCAGCAGCCUGAAGUCCAGGAUCAGCACUCAUGUAGCUGAGAGGCAUGACCUGGCACAUACCUGCCACCCUCUGUCCUGUCUGGACAAAGGUGUUGAAAGUAGCCUGGAUGUGGAGGUGGGGCAUGUCCAAGAGGAGCUGCACCGCAGCACCUCCCCCUAUGCCCUGGAAGAUGAACUGGAUUCAACCAGGAAAGACCGUGAGGACCCCAUGAGCUUGGAGCGCUUGCCCUUUCUACUGCCCAUGUACGGUAUGCUGCAAAACAUCAGCCCCCGCUCAUGUGAUAUGGGCCUCGGCCCCAACGCUGGAGUCUCACACACCUGUGAGGUAAACACUUUGUUUGAGGAGGAGGAAGGGCAAGGAAACCCAGGGGCAGAGGCUGCUGAAUUCCAUUUGGAGGACUCCAGUUCUGUGGAGUUGCCUGGACCCUUGUCUUGCCCAAUGGGAUCAUCUAGCCCUGAGGCCCAGGAUGAGGAGAUGGCUCAGUCGGCUCACCUCAUGUCCUUAGGACUGUGCAGGAUCUCCAGCAUCAAAUGCCUUCCCCGCGUAGGAACCCCAGAGCCCAGAUCAGCUUUGGCACAGCCUGGGCAGGAAUGCUCGGACACCCCCCUGGAGGAGAAUACCCUCCGUCGGGAUCUCACAGAGGCGCAGAGUACCACAGAGGACACGUCACUAUUGUGCGUCUUAUGCCACAUAGCCCUCCCCACUCAGAGCUUGCUGGAGGUACACCUGAAGUGCCACAACAGAGGCCAGGGCUUCUCCUGUCCCCAGUGUGGCUGGGCUGCAGAGGUGUGGGCUGAGAUGGAGAGUCACUGGAAGGGGCACCGCAAGAGACUGGGCAGCAGGCUGAGCUUGAGACCACACCGGUGCAGCAUAUGUCCACGGACAUUCCAGAGUGCAGACUCCCGCGAUGCCCACCAGCAGAGGCACAGGAGGCGAUGCAAGCCACUGGGCCAGUGUGCUCGCUGCAUGAUCUGGUGUGGCUCGGGCCGGGAGUUUGAACAGCAUGGCCGCUGCCAUGUCCAGGGGGGUUUCAAGUGUCUGCACUGCAACUUCACAGAAGAAACUUGGGAGGAUGUCCACACACAUAUGUUUAGCCAACAUCAAAACACUGAGGAACAGCAGAGGACUGGCAGCAUCAGGCAGUCUUUGAAGACAAGGCUGCCUCGCUCCUAUGAUGACAGUGCCGAUGCUUCAGUGCUCAGGGAUGUAAAGAGCCCAUUAGAAGAUUGGUGGGACACUAAGAAGAAAAGGAGAAAGAAGGUCAAGAGAGGCCGGCGAGGACGAAGUGGAGCAGGGCAGAAGGAAGUUGAGGUAGCCCCCAUCGGCAGGAGGAAGGGCAAGUCGCUGAAGGAAUUCUGCUGCUCCCUUUGUGACAGGAAGUUCACUACAAAGCUGACAAUGCAGCGCCACAUGGGUAUCCAUCAAGGGGACAAGCCCUUCCAGUGCCCCCAGUGCCCCUACAGCACUCGUCUCAAGGCUUCACUCGUGCAGCACCUUCGUGUGCACACAGGUGAAAAGCCCUUCAAGUGCACCCAGUGUCCAUAUGCCUCCAUUGACAGCAGUUCGCUACUCCGACAUUCCCGCACACAUACCCAGGAGAAGCCACACCGGUGUCAGCACUGCCCUUACAGCAGCAUCCAGAAGAAAAGCUUGGAUCUACAUAUGCGCCGUCACCACACGGGCGAGUCCUUCCACUGUCACUUGUGCUCCUACUCCACACCCAACCAGCAGCUGCUACACCGUCACCUACGCAAGCACCAUGCCUCUGCUGCACAAACCACCACAGCAUCUGAGCCCUCUGCAGGUGCCCUGUCCCCUGGCCGGUCCUCCAGCAUUUCCCUGCUGCAGGAAACAGACACCCAGGCCUCCUGACUGUGCCUUUUGAUGUGUCCCAAUGGUCUCUUUAUGGUUCAGUUUAUUUAUGCUUCAUCUAAAGUGAGAGAGGCCUUUUGUGUUUUGUCACCAAAUGCACGUGUAAUUCGUACCGCUCUUGUAUUCGUUCAUCGUAACAUGGUACUUUGGUACUGAUUAAGAAGAGACAGAAAUAAAAUACUC